CUUUAAUAUCCGGUGCUACAACUUCCGAAUGUAGAGAGUCCAGUCUUGCACCAAGAGACACUACAUCUGUGAGGAACCUUUGUCUUUAUUAUACAUAUUCUGUAUUCUCACUGAUUAACUGAGGAUGGAUACAGACAGGAGUAAGAAGACUGAGAUGAUAAUAAAUAUCACCCUGGAGAUCAUCUACCUGCUGACUGGAGAGGGUUACACGGUAGUGAGGAAGACAUCCGGUAAGUUCGAGACACCCAGCAGCUGUCCCCGUGUGUCAGGAAGACUGAGCAGAACCCAGAGCCCCAUCACGGUGCCUCCACCUCACUCACUGAUACAUGAGAGACACAAUAACCAGAAGAUCCUAGAACUCACCAACAAGAUCAUUCAGCUGCUGACUGGAGAGGAGCGGGAGUAUAUAGAGGAACACAGGGGUCUGUACAAGGACAUGAUGAUGGAGAAUCACCGGCCCCUCACAUCACUGGAUGGACCCAGUAACAGAGAUACCCCAGAGAGAUGCCCCCGUCCUCUGUAUUCCCAGGACUGUACAGAGGAGAAUCACAGGACCCCACAGGAGGAUCAGGGUGAAGAUAGGAGUAAUGUGACUGAUAUGAAGGCAGAAGAUAUAGAGGGAGAAGAGGAGACGUAUGUGACUGAUAUGAAGGCAGAAGAUACAGAGGGAGAAGAAGAGACGUAUGUGACUAAUAUGAAGGCAGAAGAUACAGAGGGAGAAGAAGAGACGUAUGUGACUGAUAUGAAGGCAGAAGAUAUAGAGGGAGAAGAAGAGACGUAUGUGACUGAUAUGAAGGCAGAAGAUAUAGAGGGAGAAGAAGAGACGUAUGUGACUGAUAUGAAGGCAGAAGAUAUAGAGGUAGAAGAAGAGACAUAUGUGACUGAUAUGAAGGCAGAAGAUAUAGAGGGAGAAGAAGAGACGUAUGUGACUGAUAUGAAGGCAGAAGAUAUAGAGGGAGAAGAAGAGACGUAUGUGACUGAUAUGAAGGCAGAAGAUAUAGAGGGAGAAGAAGAGACGUAUGUGACUGAUAUAAAGGCAGAAGAUAUAGAGGGAGAAGAAGAGACGUAUGUGACUGAUAUGAAGGCAGAAGAUAUAGAGGGAGAAGAAGAGUCGUAUGUGACUGAUAUGAAGGCAGAAGAUAUAGAGGGAGAAGAAGAGACGUAUGUGACUGAUAUAAAGGCAGAAGAUAUAGAGGGAGAAGAAGAGACGUAUGUGACUGAUAUGAAGGCAGAAGAUAUAGAGGGAGAAGAAGAGACGUAUGUGACUGAUAUGAAGGCAGAAGAUAUAGACGGAGAAGAAGAGACGUAUGUGACUGAUAUGAAGGCAGAAGAUAUAGAGGGAGAAGAAGAGACGUAUGUGACUGAUAUGAAGGCAGAAGAUAUAGAGGGAGAAGAAGAGACGUGUGUGACUGAUAUGAAGGCAGAAGAUACAGAGGGAGAAGAAGAGACGUAUGUGACUGAUAUAAAGGCAGAAGAUAUAGAGGGAGAAGAAGAGACGUAUGUGAAGGGUGAUCUGCAGUGUAAGGAGGAGGAAAUCCCUACAGAUAUCAGCACAGUGUCCUUGUUAUCACAGGCAGCUGGAUCGACUGUCGUUGACGGCGUGGUUCUUGAAACCUCUAUCCUGAAGUCAAGAGGAUUCUCACAACAGAAAUUGGACCCCUCAUUUGCCAUAUCUGAACCCAGUAGCACUCCACUGGGGAAUAUUAUAAAUUGUACCUUAUUAUGGAGAGACAUUCAAUUUUCUGUACACUUAUUCCCAACAGAUGAAUGUAACAGAAGGAAUAUCUCGGAAGAAAAUCUAAUUUCAUCUUCAGGUUGUAAAAUAGAAGAUGAUGACAUCACACAAGAUUCUCCUGGAGAAACCCCUACUGCCCUACUCGUACCUCCUGUACCUCACAAUGUGCUUGUGUCAUGUGGUCCCUCUAAUCAGAGGGAAUGUUCUGAUAACACUGAUAUUGGGUCAUCUUCUACAGCUCUGACAGUAGAUAAAAUAUUUCCCUGUUCUAUAGAUGACAGAUGUUUUACACAGACCGCACAGCUUAUAACCAAUCAUCCAGCUAAGGGAGGUGAGAAACCAUUUCCAUGUUCUGAGUGUGGGAAAUGUUUUACCGAUAAAUCAAAUCUUGUUACACAUCAGAGAAGUCACACAGUUGACAAGCCAUUUCCAUGUUCUGAGUGUGGGAAAUGUUUUACACACAACUCACGUCUUGUAGCACAUCAGAGAAGUCACACAGGUGAGAGGCCAUUUCCAUGUUCUGAGUGUGGGAAAUGUUUUACACACAAGUCACAUCUUGUUGCACAUCAGAGAAGUCACACAGGUGAGAAGCCAUUUCCAUGUUCUGAGUGUGGGAAAUGUUUUACACACAAGUCAGAUCUUGUUGCACAUCAGAGAAGUCACACAGGUGAGAGGCCAUUUCCAUGUUCUGAGUGUGGGAAAUGUUUUACACACAGCUCAAGUCUUGUUAAACAUCAGAGACGUCACACAGGUGAGAAACCAUUUCCAUGUUCUGAGUGUGGGAAAUGUUUUACUGAUAAAUCAGAUCUUGUUACACAUCAGAGAAGUCACACAGGUGACGAGCCAUUUCCAUGUUCUGAGUGUGGGAAAUGUUUUACAUACAACUCACGUCUUGUUAAACAUCAGAGAAGUCACACAGGUGAGAAACCAUUUCCAUGUUCUGAGUGUGGGAAAUGUUUUACCGAUAAAUCAUAUCUUGUUACACAUCAGAGAAGUCACACAGGUGAUAAACCAUUUCCAUGUUCUGAGUGUGGGAAAAGUUUUACCGAUAAAUCACAUCUUGUUACACAUCAGAGAAGUCACACAGAUGACAAGCCAUUUCCAUGUUCUGAGUGUGGGAAAAGUUUUACACAGAAGUCACAUCUUGUUGCACAUCAGAGAAGUCACACAGGUGAGAAACCAUUUCCAUGUUCUGAGUGUGGGAAAUGUUUUAGAGAUAAAUCAUCUGUUGUUAGACAUCAGAAACUUCACACACAUGAGAAUGUGUAACAUGACAGUAAUCGAAUCUUGAUAAAACUAUACUUUAUUAACACUAUAUAAAAUUUGUAUAUAUGCAGAUGGAAAGUUAUUUAUCUUACAAAUAAAUCUAAUUUCUCACA